GUUAUUCUGCCGACUUGCUGUCAGACCAGUCUUCUGUCAGACGGCUGAGCCUGCGACACAGGACACGACACCCAGGGAGCUCCUUCUCACUUCACCGAAUCCCGCUCACUGCCCAGGGUGAGAGCAUGCUCUAAGGGGGACAGCGCCCUCCAGUGGCACACACAAGACAUGGAGGUCUCCAUCUGCCGGGCGGUGGCGACAUUAGUGCCCCUGCUGUGGCUCGUGGGGGCGGCCGGCGGGAUGCCCGUUCCGGCCCAGCGGGACCUGCUGAUGCGUGAGGAGGCGUCCAGGCAGACCGGGGGCCGGGUGGCGCUGACGGUGGCCGAGCAGAAGCUGGCCGCUCGCCUCCACCGGCUGAAGGAGCAGGAGAUGUCCGCGGCCCGGUUCCCGCCCGCCAUGCACUUCUUCAAAGCCAAGCCUCUCAUCCAGAGGAGCUCCAUCUUCAAACUGCUGCAGAAGAUGCCCAAAGGCGCGGCCCUCCACAUCCACGGCUCGUCCCUGGUCGGCGUGGAGUGGCUGGUGAGAAACGUCACCUACAGGCCUCACUGCUACAUCUGCUUCACGUGGGACAACUCGGUCCGCUUCCUGUUCUCCGACCGGCAGCCUUUCCCGCGGUGGGACUGCUUCUACUGGCAGCUGCUGGCGACCCUGCGCGCCAAAGUGGGAGACCCCACGAGCUUCGAUAACAGUUUAAUGCAGCGCCUCACUCUUUUCACCGAGGAUCCAGACGCCGAGUACCCGGACCAAGAUGUCGUGUGGGAGAAGUUUGAGGAAGCCUUCAUCGCCGCUGCGGGGCUGAUCACCCACGCGCCGGUGCUGAGGGACUACUUCUACCAGGGCCUGGAGGAGCUGCGCCAGGAUAACGUCAUGUAUCUGGAGCUCAGGAGCGGCAUCUCAAAGACGUAUGAGCUCGAUGGAACCAUUCACGACAAGGUCUGGACCCUGAAAACCUUUCAAGAAGUCACAAAGAAAUUUACAGCAGAUCAUCCGGACUUUCUCGGGGCUCGCGUCAUACUUUCCGUCCACAGGGCCCUGAGUGUGUCCGAGGUCAAAGCAGCCGUUCAAGAGGCCAUUCAGCUGCAGAAGAGCUUCCCAGACGUGGUCGCAGGGUUUGACAUGGUUGGCAGGGAGGACAGCGGCAGGCCUCUGUGGUACUUCAGAGAGGCCCUCUCGCUGCCCGCUCAACUGGGCGCCACCCUGCCGUACUUCUUUCACGCCGGAGAGACAGAUGAAGAAGGCACCGAUGUGGAUCAGAACAUUCUCGACGCCCUCUUGUUCAACACCACGCGCAUCGGGCACGGCUACGCCCUGGCUCACCAUCCGCUCGCGAAGGAGCUCUCCAGGAAAAAGGGCGUGGCCGUGGAGCUGUGCCCCAUCUCCAACCAGGUGCUGAAGCUGGUGUCAGACCUCAGGAACCACCCGGCCGCCGUGCUGAUGUCCGAGGGCCACCCGAUGGUGAUCAGCUCCGACGACCCGUCGCUGUUCGGCACCACGGGCCUCUCCUACGACUUCUAUCAGGCCUUCGUGGGGAUCGGCGGGCUGAAGGCGAACCUGGGCACCCUGAAGGAGCUGGCCGUCAACUCCAUCAGGUACAGGGGCAAAAACAAUGGCCGCAGCAUUUCACCGCGACUAAUCCUUUUGCCCACCGUUUGUCCUCCUGACUCAAAUGUUUGACUGUCUUCGAAUGGCAUUGGUACAGCUCGCUGCCGGCUCACCUGAAGGACGCCGGCCGCGCCAUGUGGCAGAACCAAUGGGACGCUUUCAUCGCCGACAACUCGUGACCUGUUUGACUUGUGAAUGUUUGUUUUUAGUUUUCAGCGCUAAAAGAAAAACAUCGCCGGGCUUUUAUUCGAACAUUUAAAAUUCCACGUGAAGUGCCUCUUUGGUACCGCUGUUUGUUCUGCAGAGGGCUGAUAAGAGUGUAACAUUACCUGACAACUGGUCGGAGCUACUUUUCUUUUCCUGUUAAAAAAAACA